AUGCAGGUCGACGGGGAGUCUGGUCCGACCGCCGCGGACCAGAUGCAGGAGGCCGCGCGCAUGGUGUCCUCGCUCCAGACCGAGUCCGAGGGCGUCGAUCUCAUGACGCUCCUGAGAGAGACGCCGCGCGAGGCGUACUCGUACCAACAGCUCGGGUGGCCCGCGGAGAUCACGUCCAUGACGACGACGGAGCUCCCCUCGGUGGUUCUCGAACGCUACAGCACGCGUCAGUCCGUGUGCUUCUGCGGCGUGCUCCCGUCCAUCGGCCGCGCGUGGGCGACGGUCGAUAACGCGCUGUUCCUGUGGCGGUUCGACGUCCCGAACGACGUUCCGGUGGAGUACGCCGGUGAGGAGCAGGCCAUCGUGAGCGUAGGUCUCGCCAAGCCGAAGCCCGGGGUGUUUCUGCCGUCCAUCGAGCGCGUCCUCGUCGUCGCGACGACGACGGAGAUCGCGCUGCUCGGCGUCGCGUUCGAGUCGGACGUGGAAGACGGCGCGUCGACCGACGGCAACGGCGCGCGAUCCUGGGGCGGCGGCAUGACGCUGCAUCCGUUAAACUACAGCUGCACGACGGACGACGUCGUCGUGAAGGACGUCGCCGGGUGCGACAACGGCCGCGUGUUUUUCGCCGGCGACGACGAGGCGCUGUACGAGCUCGAAUACAACGCCGCGGACACGUGGCGCUCGCGGAAGUGCCGCAAGGUGUGUCACCACUCCGCGACGCCGCGGUUGCUGCCGUCCAUCUUGAGGCUUCGCGCGAACGAUCCGUUGAAGCAGGUGUGCGUGGACGAGCAUCGAUGCGCGCUGUACACUCGGUCGGAGAACGGCGUCGUCGCGGUGUACGACCUCGGCGUGGACUGCGGCGAGACCCCGCGGAGGAUCGCGGAGUGCAGGGACGUCGCGAGCGCCGCGGCGAUGAUGCGCGGCGGCGGCGGGCUCUUCAGCGGCGGGUACGGCGGCGGCGGCGGCGGCUUCGGCGGCGCCGGGGGAUUCGGCGGAGGAGGCGGCGGCGCGGGCGGCGGCCAAGGCGGCCACGGCGGCGCGUCCUCGCACGCGCAGAAAGGCAAGCGUUUGACGCACAUCGCGGUCGUCUCCGCGGCGGAGUCCGCGACGGUGACCCUCGUCGCCGUCCUCGCGGACGGCAGGCGCGUGUACUUUACGUCUCUGCCGCAGUCCACGUACGGCGGCGGCGGCGGCGGUUUCGGUCGCGACGCGCGCCGCCGCGUCCCCACCGCGUGCCGCCUCGCGGUCGUGCAGUCGCGCGAGCCGCCGCCGCAGGGCAGCGCGACGCGCGGGAUGACGUCCGCGCAAGCGCUCAGGGCAACGACGACGGUCCGGCCGCUCGAGGUUGAGGCGGCGUUUUACCGCGACGGGUUACUCCUCCUGUGCGACGCCGCGGACCGCGACGAGGACGCGCGAUUGUUCAUGGCCGCGCGCGACGUCGCGCUGCCGCCGCACCUGCAGCUCGCCCCCGGCGACGCCGCCGUCGGCGGCGGCGGCGGGCAUAUGGGGGUUGGAGGGAUCAACAGCGGCGGGUUGGGCGUGGGCGUGGGCUCCCCCGGGUUGGGCGGCGGCGGCGGCGGCGUCGGCGUCGGCGCGGCGUCGCACGCGCGGUCCCUCCGCGAGGUUGUCACCACGCAGCAGCUCGUCGGGCGCGCGGCGUCGUCCGUCGGCGCGGUCGGCGAGGUCCCGCCGCCGCGGAGCGUGACGCGCGACCUCGACCCGCCGUUCCCGCUCGGCGCGCCGCGGGAUCUGACGACGGCGCCGGCGCGGUUGCGGACGGAGCUGGCGACGCAAUUCGUCGCGCCGCGGCGUCGGUUCGUCGCCGUCACCAACGCGGGGAUCGUGCAGCUCGAGAAGGCGCGGCCGCUGGACGCGCUGUGCAAGCUCCUCGCCGGGGACGUCCACGAGCAGAUCGCGCAGUUCUUCCGGACGCACGGGCAGAGCGAGGCGGCGACGAUGUGCCUCGCGAUCGCCGUCGGCGGCGCGACGGACGCGAGGGCGUCGAGCGAGUUUGAAGUCGACGCGGCCAACGCGCGAGGAGGCGCGACGCCGUCCCCUCGCGGCGGCGCAGAUCGCGACGCCGGCGCGGGCGGGUACUUCGGCGGAUCGCCAUCGCCCUCCCCGAGGACCGGCGCGUUCGGGAGCGCGAGCCGCCGGACGAUCAUCGGCUCUCCCGGCGCGGGAGGCACCCCGGGGUCGUCGUCGCCCGCGGCGGGCGGGUUCGACGGCGGCUACGAGCGCGCCUCCCUCGGCGCCGCCACCCUCGCCGAGCGCGCGCGUCGAGCGCUCGAGGACCCGCGGCUCACGGGCGAGCCGCACGUCGACGAGGACGGCGUCGACGGCGGCGGCGGCGGUUCGAUCCCCGGCGGCGGCGGCGGCGGGCCGUUCGACAUGGGACGCGCCGUCGUGCAGCCGGUGUUGCGAUACAGCGGCGCGCAUCGCGCGGCGUACGCGUACGCCGCGCGAUUGCUGCAGUCGACGUGGGACCGCCCGCUCGCGGUCGUCGUGAGCAAGCACGCGGCGGGCGCGCGGCAGACGCGCGGCGGCGGCGCGGGCGCUUCCGCGGCGCAUCUGAACGGGGGGGGCGGCGCGUCGAUCAACGGCGGCGUGAACGGCGGCGCGAUGCACUACGGUGCGUCGGCGGCGCGUCGAUCGACGUCGACGACGGACCCGCUCGCGGCGGCGGCGGCGAACGGCGUGGAAGCCGUCGGCGCCGCCGCGACCGGAUGGCUCGCGAACGCGCUGCGCCCGACGCACCACGCCGGCGCGCCGGUCGCGUGCACGCUCCCCGGCGAUGUCCUCGCGAGCCUGGAGCGUCGGUUACGGCCGUUGGAGACGUUUUUGGCGAGGCGGCGCGCGCGGACGACUGCUACGGGCAAACAGUCUCACGGCCACGGCGGCGGGGUUAACGGCGGCGCGAGGGCGCGGCAGCGGCGGCGGUUGGACGGCCCCGCGGGCGCGCUGCGCGCGGAAGAGCGCAGCAUCGCGUCGCUCCGCGGGCUGCUUCGCCGCACGAUCGAGGCGAUCGUGUUGCUUCGCGUGCUGUGCGAGAACGACUUCACGAGGCUCGCCGCGACGUUGUCGGACGACGCGCGCGCGGCGCUCUCUCAGGCGCGUUCGUAUUCACACUGGUCCCCAUACGACCGCGUUCGCGUGGUGAACGCCGCGGCUCGCGACGCGCGCGAUCGACGCGACCCCGAGCAGUGCAACGAAUUCGUCGCCGAAUCCCUCGGCGCCCUGCUCUCCGUCCCUCGCGCGGGCGACGUCGCCGCGACGUGCGCGGAGCUCGCGGAUCUCCGCUGCUUCCACGGCCUCUGCGCGCUCCCCCUCGCGGCGGCGGCGGCCGCCGCGAACGUCGCCGCGGCCGGGGACGACGCGAACAUCCUGGGCUACGGCGGCGUCGCGAGCGGCGGUUUGGGCGCGAUGAUCGGGCGCGACGGCGGCGGCGGCGGCGCGACGAACGCGCUCGAGCCGUCCGAGUGCUGGGAGCUCGUCUGCGUCGCGAUCCGCGCGCUCGCGACCGGCGCGGCGGACCCCGGCGCGCCGCCCUUCUCCCUCGGCGGCGUCUGCGCGAGUCUCCCCGCGGAGGAGCGCGCGCGCGGGCUCGCGACGGUGCUCGAACGCGCGGCGCAAGCGUCGUCGCCCGCGGCGGCGGCGGCGGCGACCGCGGCGGCGAAAGCCGCCGGCGCGAACGCCGCGGCGGCGGCCGAGCGCGCGGCGCAAGCGGAAGCCGCGGGCGCGCCCGCGGCGCCGUACCGCCCGCGCCCGCCCUCCGCGGCGCUCGUCGCGGUCGCCGCGGCGACGCCCGCGGAGGUGGCGGGCGCGUGCCUCGACGGCGGCGGCGUCCCCGGCGGCGGCUUUGGAUUCAUCCGCCGCGUCUACGCCGAGCUCGAAUCCCUCCAGCGAGACGCGGAGCUGCUGUCUCUCCCCGCGGGCCCGCUCGAGGCGUACCUCGCCGAGCGCGGCGCCUUCGCGGUCGCGCAGCAGGGCGGCGCGCUGUCGCAGGACCAAGCGCGGCACCUCGAGCUGCUCGCGCGGCUGUACGCGGCGAGGGAACGCCACGGCCUCGCCGCGCAAGUCUUCUUCGCGCUCGCGGAGCGCAAGGCGCAGGGCGCGGCGGUGUCCCUGGACGAGCGCGAGACGCUGCUGGAUCUCGCGCUGACGCACGCCAAGUCGAGAGGGCCGGGCGGGGACGCGAGCUUGAACGGCGCCGGGGCCGUGGCGAGCUCGGACGUCGCGUUCAUCGAGACGCUGGAGGGGAAGAUCACCGUGGCGCGGUUUCAACGGCGGCUGCGCGCGACGUUUCUCGAGCGCGCGCGCGUCGGCGGCGCGGACGCGCGCGAGUACGAGCGCUUUGCGACCGAGCUCGAGCGCGAGCUGCGCCCUCUGAGCGACAUGUACAACGAGUACGCACGCCCGCGCGCGCUGUGGGGGAUGUGCCUCGAGAUGUUACACUUUUCUCGCUACGACGACGACGACGGCGCCGUCGCGCGCGAGCUCUGGGAGAACCUCCUCUCCCAGGCUGCCUCGGACGCGGGCGGCGGCGAAGGCGAAGGCGUCGCCGGCGACCCCGACCCGAGAGCCGCGCUCGCGGAGGCGUGCGCGCGCGUCCGCGAGCUCGGACCGAAGCUGCAUCCGAGCGAGCAAGCCUUCCCGCUCGCGCACGUGGCGCUCAAGCUGGAGCUCAUGGCCGCCGGGCUCUUCGCGACGACGCGCCCGUGCGACGACGCCGCCGAGCUCGGUAUCGUCCCGGACGCGCUCCUCUCCGCGACGCGCGACUCGCUCGAGUCCGUGCACGCGGCGUACGACCGGCUCCUCGCGACGCCGGUGCAGCGCGCGCAUCACGACCGGCGCUUGGCGCAGGAGCAGGCGUUGCAGACGCCGGCGCUGCGGCUGCGAUUGUUGCGGUCGGCGUUGCGGGUGAUGCGGCGGUGGGACGAGGCGGUCGCCGCGCAGACGCAGACGCAGACUGGCGGCGGCGGGUUCGACGCGUACGGCGCGAACGCGUCGCACGUGCGCGCGGCGCUCGGGGACGUGUGCGCGGGGUACGCCGGGGAGGCGCGGCGGCUGUUGCAGGUGCCGAGCUCGGAGCAGGGCGCCGCGGAGGCGCUGGCGGGGGAGUUCGAGAGGCUCGGGACGCGGUUGAUCGGUUGA